AUGGCACAGGUAACCCUAUUAUCGUACAAAAUACUGGUGCUCUCGUGGAUAACAGCGCAGCGACAGCUCAUACACGACAGGACAGCCUCACGCACUUCAUGGGACACAAGCUAUGAUUUUAUUAUAGUGGGCGCCGGCGGGUCAGGUGCUGUCUUGGCUAAUAAACUGGCCGAAUGCCGGUCAGUGCGGGUGCUGUUGUUGGAGGCGGGAGGCGCUCAAAACGCUAUUUACAAUGAUAUUCCCGGUAUGAUUGGCGGCAUAUAUCCCCUCAAUAUCAAUAUAUGGCGAUAUUAUAACGAACCGCACGAUAAUUAUGGCCAGUCCUUUGCCGGCGGUCGCGUACCCGACCAGAGGGGCAAAACGCUAGGCGGCAGUACCGCACACAACGCCAUGUACUACAAUCGGGGUAAUCGUCGCGGUUAUGACGAGUGGGCCAAUACGUACGGCGCCGUCGGUUGGAGUUAUAGGGAUCUGUUGCCGCUGUUUAUAGGGUUUGAAAACAACACAAACCCAACGAUUGUGCGAAAUGAGCCCCAAUAUCACGGGACUAGUGGUCCGAUUCAGGUCUCGUCGCCCAAAAAUCCCGAUAAGAUAUUAGAAGUGCAACAUAAAGUGGUGAAUGAACUUGGUUAUAGGGAUACCGACAUUAAUGGUCGCACUCAGGCUGGAUAUAUGCUUAUGGAAAACUAUAUCACAGCACAAGGGCUGAGAAGUGAUACCGGAACUGCUUAUGUUGAUCCCAACCCAUAUCCAGAUAACCUGCAUAUAGUGUGCAAAGCUUUGGCCACUAAAGUGCUGUUCAAUGGGUUGACAGCCAUUGGCGUCGAGUUUAUAGUGAAUGACAUCUCGUAUACGGUUUACGCCAACAGAGAAGUCAUUGUUUCCGGCGCCAUUGGCGUCGAGUUUAUAGUGAAUGACAUCUCGUAUACGGUUUACGCCAACAGAGAAGUCAUUGUUUCCGGCGGUCCAAUAAAUAGUCCACAACUAUUGAUGUUGUCGGGUGUGGGCCCAAGACAGCACUUAAACAGCUUUGGCAUACCGGUGGUACUGGACCUACCAGUCGGUGACAACUAUCACAAUCACCCUAAUGUGGAACUGGAUGUGCCAUUAAAGCCCCAGUAUUCAUAUCUAGUCAACGAAGUGCCACAAUUCAAUGUACAACAAUUGAGCCAGCUAUAUUACCAAAAUAGUGGUGUACAGUCACAAUAUCCCGUGUCCGUAUUGUAUUAUAGCACUCAAUUAAACCGAGACAAACAGUGGCCAAAUGUAGAGCUCCAGUCUACUGACCCCCUGUUGCCCCCACUCAUUGACCCCAACUGGUUGUCAGACCCGGAGGACCAGGUUAAUAUAUUGGAUGCCGUGAGAAUGCAGUUUUAUUUGCUCGAGCGCACACAACUGGCCAAAUAUUUACAGCCAAUGACAUCGUUUGCCGAUAUCGGGUGUCCGGUAUGUCCGGGAAAAUACAUGUAUGAGUGCUCGGAGGGACUGAAGUGCUAUAUUAGGAUAAACUCGUUGUCGUCUUAUCAUCCGGCGGGCAGUUGUCGUAUGGGAGCGAUAGAGAGGCCGGACGUUGUGGUCGACCCCCAGUUGAGGGUUAAGGGGGCCAACAAUCUAAGGGUUUGCGAUUCGUCUAUUUUCCCGGUCCUCCCGAACGGCAACACUGCGGCCGCCUCUAUAGUGGUUGGCUAUAAAUGCGCGCAAUUUAUUAAAGAGUAUUACAAUCUAAUUAAUUAA